CGGCCGCGCUGCACUAUGGCCCUAUACCGCACGGAGGAGCACAUCCAGGCCCACUCUCCCAAUUACCACCUCUUUUUCAAGAAUGUAGCUGGUCACUACAUUUCCCCUUUCAUAUAUUCCUCUGAAGAGGAAAAUGGCAUUCCUACAAAGAGAGCACGAAAUGAUGAAUAUGAGAAUUUGUUUAAUAUGGUUGUAGAAGUACCUCCGUGGACAAAUGCUAAAAUGGAGAUUGCCACAGAGGAGUCACUGAAUCCCAUUAAACAAGAUGUAAAGUAUGGCAAGCUUCCCUAUGUGGCAAAUAUCUUUCCUCACAAGGGUUAUAUAUGGAAUUAUGGUGCCCUCCCUCAGACUUGGGAAGAUCCCCAUCAAAAAGAUAAGAGCACAGACUGCGGUGGAGAUAAUAAUCCUAUUGAUGUUUGUGAGAUAGGCUCAAAGGUUCUUUCUCAUAGAGAUGUUGUUCAUGUGAAGAUCCCUGGAAUUCUGGCUCUUACUGAUCAGGGUGAAACAGAUUGGAAAUUAAUUGCUAUCAAUGUGAAUGAUCCUGAAGCCUCAAAGUUUCAUGACAUUGAAGAUGUUAAGAAGUACAAACCUGGUUACUUAGAAGCUACACUUAAUUGGCUUAGAUUUUAUAAGAUACCAGAGGGAAAACUGGAAAACCAGUUUGCUUUUAAUGGAGAAUUCAAGAACAAGGCUUUUGCUCGUAAAGUUAUUAAAUCUACUCAUGAAUGUUGCAAAGCAUUGCUUAUGGAGAAGUGUGAUGGAGGGGCUAUAAAUUGGACAAAUGUGCAUGUAUGUGAUAGCCCUUUCCAUUGCUCUCAAGAGGAAGCUAGAUCAUUAGUUGAAUCAGUGUCACUUUCACUGAAUAAAGGAAGUAAUGAGGAAGACCAAGUAUGGCACUUCCUUGGCAAGUGAUGAGAACAUUUGAAGUUCUGCCAUCAGGAUUCCAGUCUCUAAGAACUACAAGACUCCCAUCUCCCCCAAGUGCUAGAAACAGGCAGAUCUAUGAGAAUUUGCU